UUUGCGUCCCGCACGUGGCUCAAACCGCCCUCCCGUUGUGACAUAAUCCAACAUGGCGGCCACGGUUGUUAGACAGCUCAGGACAUCUGUUCAGGUUGCAGCUGGAGGGCUGAAAGCUGCAGCUGCUGGCCAGCAUGGAGUCGGCGGCGCUGCCAGGGUCCUUUCUGCUCCUGUUCUCCAGAAAUCCUUUUUCUCCACCAGCGCCUCCAGAUGGGCGGCCGCCGUCACGCAGCCGGCGCCCGGCUUUAAGGCCACAGCGGUCCACAACGGGGAGUUUAAGGACCUGAGUCUGGCUGACUUCAAGGGAAAAUACCUUGUUCUGUUCUUCUACCCUCUGGACUUUACGUUCGUUUGUCCGACGGAGAUCAUCUCGUUCAGCGACAAGGCCAAGGAGUUUCACGACGUCAACUGUGAGGUGGUGGGCGUGUCUGUGGAUUCUCACUUCACCCACCUGGCCUGGAUCAACACGCCACGAAAGGCUGGAGGUUUAGGAAACAUCCACAUCCCUCUGCUGUCGGACCUCAACAAGCAGAUCUCCAGAGACUACGGGGUUCUGCUGGACGGCCCGGGAAUCGCAUUGAGGGGGUUAUUCAUCAUCGAUCCAAACGGUGUGGUGAAGCACAUGAGCGUCAACGACCUGCCAGUGGGUCGGAGCGUAGAGGAAACGCUGCGCCUGGUGAAGGCCUUCCAGUUCGUCGAGACGCACGGAGAGGUUUGUCCAGCCAGCUGGACGCCGAAGUCGCCCACAAUCAAACCAACCCCUGAAGGAUCGAAGGAGUACUUUGAGAAGGUCAACUAAACGGAAAUAAUAAAAAGCUUCUUAGUUUACCGAUAAAUCUGUUCGACAAAAUCCCGGCUUUGAUUCGUCUGGACCAGUUUGUUUCUGUUUAUCAACUCACAUCUCUACUGUAUGAAGAUAAUAAAAAUCACUGAGUAACCCCUGUACAUAAA